AUGCACCACAAAGACUAUGAAAUCUGGAUAUCUUGCGAAGGCACUCGGCUUCCGGAAUAUGACGUGACCCCCGAAGGAAACGAUGGAAAGACGUUCGGGUGCUACAUACCGAGUGAGAGUGGUAAAACCUUCAAGAUUGAGUGGCUCAAUGCUCUCUCAGACACCCAUCUACGAUACGUUAUCACGAUUGACGGAAGGGAUGCUGGAGGAAACAGGUGUAUGCCUGGAGACAAGGGCAUGAGAUGGGGUGUCAGGACGUCUCCGAUGAGCAGGAGACCGUUCAAGUUUGCGGAAUUGCAGACAACAGAUGAAGAUGUCUCUGACUCAGUCUCUCACGCCGCUCUCGGCGAGAUCCAAGUGGCGGUCUCUCGCAUUCGUGCUGAGGUCCGCGCCGUUCCACAUACCAAGGGCAAGUUUCAGCCUGUCGGACCUGUCAACGAGCGGUGCAAAAAAGGUGGAGUUCAUUGUACUAGCCUUGGGGAAACCGUCCGCAUCAAAAAGGCGUACACCCAGACCUACAGCACCCCCCUUGACCCGGCCGAGGGCGACAUUGCCGUCUUCAUCUUCCGGUACAGGCCACUUGCGCUCCUCCAAGCUCAAGGUAUCGUUCCCGACGAGGACGUGAAGCGAGUCCAGCGCGGAUGCGGCGAACCCGUGCAGGAUCUCUUGGGCGUUCUGCCGCGUGGUAUCAAGCGCCCACGCGACCCGGAAGACUCUGACGCCGAGGACGUAAAGCCCCGCGUUAAAGCCGAGCGCUUCGAGGGCGAGAUCCGACCAAAGGUCAAAAUCGAGCCUCGUCGCACCAACCCUAUUGUCGUCCAAGACGACGUCAAGGCCCAUCCAGAAGCAGAGGGGGCGAAACCGAAUGCCAACCCCGUGGCCGCGUCGGACAUCGGGUCUGAGAGCGAAGUCGAGGACGAGCUUGAGGACCUGCAGAGCCAGAUGGACGAGCUGCGGCGCAAGAUGGAGCGCGUCGAGCGGCGGCGG